CUCUAAUGAGCUAGUGAUUACACACAAUGGAUAACAACAGUUCCCAUUCCCAGCUGGAUAAUGAAACACUGGCCAUGCUUAAGAACCCAGCCAUAAGGAAUACCCUGCCAGUUUUGUACUCACUGGUGGUUUUAAUCAGCAUACCCGGAAAUGUGUUCUCCCUCUGGGUUUUCUUCUUUCACAUCAAGCCCAAAACGCCUUCUGUCAUCUUCAUGAUUAACCUCAGUAGCACAGAUCUAGCACUGGCUUGCUGUCUUCCUUUACAAAUUGUUUAUCAUAUUGAAGGGAACAAUUGGUUGUAUAGCAACAACUUGUGUAGUGUUGUCACAGUGAUGUUUUACGCAAACAUGUAUUCCUCAAUACUUACAAUGACCUGCAUCAGCUUGGAGCGUUACUUGGGAGUGGUGCAUCCAAUGAAGCUAGUCAAAUGGAGAAGAAAGAGAUAUGCAUUAGUAGUUUGCUUAGUAAUGUGGACUACCCUCCUAUUAGCCCUGUCUCCACUAGCACAGACUGACCUGACCUAUGAAGUGAAAGAGCUAGAUAUCAAAACUUGUUUUGAUGUCCUCAAAUGGAACAUGCUUCCUAGUCGACUGGCUUGGGCAGCUUUCCUCUUAACUCUAUUUGUUCUCUUCUUCCUGAUCCCAUUCACAGUGACAGUAGCUUGCUACAUUGGCGUUAUUCGGAAGCUUGUCCAGACUUCUCACAGAUACAGUGACAGGCAGAAGACACGGUCAAUCUACUUGGCUAUAAUUGUUCUCUUGGUUUUCAUCACUUGCUUUGCCCCCAGCAACUUCGUCCUGCUUGUCCACAUGAUCAGCCGUCUCUACCUGAAUAAGAGUUUCUACCACAUUUACAAACUCACAUUGGGGCUCAGCUGCCUCAACAACUGCAUAGAUCCAUUCAUUUACUACUUUGCAUCCAAAGAGUUUUACCAGAAGUUCAUGCAGGUGAUAGGCCAGAAAGUUCAGUUGAGUGAUAGUACAGAGAUCAGGAGGGACAGUGUGUUCUCUGCCAAUGGCAGAACAAUGUCAGCAAGAUCAAUGUCAAGUGGGCCCGGGGAAGUGACGAACGUUGUUCAACCAUGUUUGCACAGGAAUGAAAGUGUUUUUUAAUGCCAGUGUUUAAGUGUGAGGAAGUUGCCCUGUUUCCUAAAUGGGAUAAAUCUUUGGAAAAUACCAGUAUACAGUAUAAGUACUUCAAACACUCUGCUUACAAAAAGUGAAACUUGACAUUACUGAAAGUAUGAUAGCCUAGCAAAGGCAUUCCAAUAAUGAGUUCUCUCCCAGUUCUCUAUAAAAUGGAGUAACAAUUACCCCACGAGAUGGCUUCAUCAUACCACCGCUCAAUUAUGUGGUGUUGGGAUGGGUAAACACAUGACAUCACAUACGGCAUAGGACAAAUUAAUACACAUUUCCAAGCACUAUGGGACAACUCAACAAGGGUGAGGUGACUGGUUUUUGUGGCAGAGAACCCUUGUCUGUUCUUACAGGUAGUUCCACUGUAAGAAACUAUAUAUGAACAAGCAUUCACUGAUUCACUUAAAAUGAAAAAUGGAAAUGGAUUACUUGCCCCCCCCCAGUCAAAAUAAAGAGGCAGACACAAGGCUUGGGAAAUAAAGGGCCACUUUUUAUUUAUGGCAACAACAUCAACUGCAACAACUGAAACCUGGCAAGGGCCUAACCAGUGGUACAGGUCAAGCCCUGGGGUCACUCCCUUGGACCCCGCCUUGACCUAUCUGGGUGAGACCCGCUGCCCCGGAUGCGAGCCAUCCAACUGCAUGGCUGGGAUCUGGCUGGCCUGGUGGAUGGUUUCCCCCUUAAAGCGCCAAGCACCCCCACCAUUGAGCAUGAGGGCAGGACUUUUCCAGGGGCUCCCACCACGCAGCCUGCCCUCUCAACUGGCUGCCACCAAGCAUGCCAGCCGAUCCUAACAGGCCCCCAAUAUCCCCACCAAUGGGGAUGUGCCCAGGGUACUCACCAUCCCGCUAACAUCCCCCCAACUAAAUCCUGCCAGUCAUAACCUAUACAGCACCACCAUAGCCAAUAGCCACAGCUCCAGCAAGCAGUGCAAGGUAGGAGAAAAAUGAGGCGGCAAGUGCGGGAAUGGGGGUAGGGCUGCGCUGUUAAGGCGCAAACCCCUGCCCCCUUCCCACGUGGCUCUAGGAGGCCGGGGGAACGCUGCCACUUUUUCUCCGCGGUGGCAAAUAAGGCCCCCGGCCUUAAGCCCUUGGCUGCUGGCCAGGUGGGGGCCGGAUUCCAGUGUUUCCACUCAUAACUGUCAGCUGUAUAUGUAUUACAUUUCUUUCAGUUUUGAUAAGUUGUGGUGACACUACAUAGGAAAUAUAAAUCACUGAGGGUUUUUUAAAUAACUGUUGACUAAAUUUUAUAAAGCAUUAAUGGAAAUAACAACUGGGAGUCAAAGUUAAAUACUAGAGAGAAAAUGUCAAGAGGCUGCUGAGGUUUUAUUUGUACACAGAAACUGUCUAUUUUGUACAUAAACAGGAGAUAAAGAUAAAAUAUAAAACUGUUGAAUUUAUUGUACCAUACAACUUUUUUUAAAAAAUCCACUUUAGCUCUUCUGAAACACACUGGAGGUAAACAGUGCAAUCCUAAGCAGCGUCAGACCCUUCUAAAUCCAGUGAAAUCAAUAGGCUUUGAAGUGUGUAAUGUUAUUUGGGAUUGCACUGGCAAUUUAAUGUUUAUGGUACUGGAUUUAAUUUUAUGGUACUAGUACAAAAUUAGGCCAUAUUGGAUCACAGUACACAUUAUUUAAAAUGAGAUAUUAAACUUGAGCGUAAAUCUUAUUCUAUUGAUGCCUUUGCUUGAGUGAAUAAAAUGGGAGGUCCCCUCCUCCCAAUUUAUAAUCUUCUGGAUAACCUUCUGAUUGUUGAGAGAACAAGCAGAACUAGGACUUGGGGAAGUGAAGUGUCCUCUGCAAGAGUGAUGUAAUAACUAAAAUGUCAUACUAGGACUGGGAUACGGUUUCUGUACUGCUUGGUUAGAUGGAGUUUACCUGGAAUCUGUGCGUGCCUGUUUGGCCCAUUUGCUGGUAUGUUUUCAUUUUUUAAAAAGCAAUUUUUUAGGCUUUCUUAAUCCAGAGAUAUAAGGGAAAAUGUGGGGGGAAAUGUUUAAUUUAUCCAGUGAAAACUUUCCUGUUCCUCCUCUUUGUUCUAGCCGAUAGGGGAAGUCAUGACUGUGACUGACAGGUAACAGAAGCAGGAGGGAAUGCAUUGCUUUGCUAGUGCUAGGGCUGCUUCUUUUGAGUUUGUGGGAUUAGAAGCGGCAAUUGUUAACUCUGUGUUUUCUGCUUCUUGGGCAUUAACUAGCUACAAAAGUAAGGAAUUUGAAGGAACUGUACCUGAUGCCUUCUUGUGAAUGUCCAAAUUAUUUCAAAAAACAACUGGAAUGUCUCUUUCCCUUAGAAAACAAUAAAAGGGCAGUCUUUAUCAAUCCCUUCCCCAGUUCUAUGUGUAAAAUUGAGAGCGGCAAGGAAAACAAAAUUAUAUUUAUAUUUUCAAACUGGGAAAUAGUUCUAAAUUAUAAAUCAAAAGAAGCUAGAUUAGAUGGCAUUAUCUAGUAGAUGGUGGAGAGUGUCCUCAAGUAAUUGCUGGUUUAUGGCGCUCCCUGAUAGUGUUUCAUGGCAAAAGACUAACAGUGGUGGGUUGCUGUUGCCUGCCUCUGCAACACAGGUCUUUGUUGGAAGUCUCUCAUCCAAUGACUAACCAAGGCCAACUCUGAUUAGCUUCUAAGAUGUUAUGAGGUCAGGCUCACCUGGGCUUUCUAGGUCAGGGCCUAGUAGAUGGAGAAAGCGUGAAAUUAAUCUAGUCUUUCAAGUCCCUGACUUUGCAACUUCAAACUGUUUUAAGGGAAAAUGGCCUUUCAUAAAUUUCAGGGUUAGUCCUUGAUGUUUAUUUGCAACUUAUUUUGUAUUGCAUAUUGGCAGUUUUAAUCAAUGUACAAAAUUUAAA